AUUGAGUAUUUAACAUUAAAAAUAAGAAUGAUAAUAGCUUAAUUAGUUCGAGAAAAUGGCAGAAUCCGUCAUGUGGAAAUUGUUGCUGUCAUUGUGUAUACUUGUUGGUACGCCUGUGUUUGCUGGGUACGAACGUUCGUGUAAUUUAGAAAGACAACAAGAGGAUCCACGAGGACUUUGUGGAUCUCAACUAGAAUCAAUUUUACAUAAUGUGUGUUUUUAUUUAAACAAGAGAGCUUCGCCCAAAGUUGGUCCAGAAAGAGUGAAGAAAAGAAUGGAUCAGUCAAUUAAACUUGACAAAUUUAGUGCCUUAUCGUUUUUAGUGAAGAGAGGCGAUGGAUUUGGAAACACUGGAAUUACGUGUGAAUGUUGUUUAAAUCGUUGUAACCUUAUUGAACUGUCAAGUUAUUGUAUUUUGUGAAGCAAUUAAUGUAAAGUUGUCAUAAUAUUAUUGGGUUUCCAUUGUACACUUCCUAAAAAGAAUGGCUGUCAUGCCUGAAUAGCAAACU